GAGAGAGGAGAGAGAGAGAGAGAGAGAGAGAGAGAGAGGAAAACUUAUCUGCCCUUCUAAUCGCCCUUACCCCCUUGUGAUAGAUAACCACCCCCCUCUCUCUGCGCGCCGCCGCCGCCGCCGCCGCGCUGCGCCGCCGGGACCCCGUCGGGAGCCCGUCACCGGCGAUCGCCGCUGUCCAGCCCCCCUCCUCCCCCGCCCCCGAUCCGAAUUCUAGGCGAAAAAUCGCGGAAAAUACCGCAAAAAAUCGCAGAAAUUCGUCCGGUCCUGUUUGAAUAAAUCGCACGGGCGUUUGCCCCCUCCCCCUUGCUCCCGCCCGCCGCCUCCCGCUCGCGGCCGCCGGCGACGGCGAUCGCGCCAGACAAUAAGUGCCUCUCGGCGAGCCAGACCCGUCUCGUGCCGGUCCGAGCAUUCGUCUCUGACGCGGGGACCGAGCGCGCGUCGCUCGCCUCCUCCUCCUGCUCCUCUCGUCGGCCGCGGCACGAGGGAGUGAUACAGAGGCUGCCAGAGGAAUUCCAUGUAAUGUCAUAAUUUGUGAUGGCAUUCUUCAGCAACUCCGGAAGCAGGGCUGAUUCGGGAGGGUACAACUUGAAUGAGAAGGCUGAUGAUGAAGGCGCCUACGAGUCAGUCAGGGAUGGGGGUGUUGACUCGAACUCUAGGCAGUGGAACUUAAAUGAGAAAGCAGAGGAUGCCUACCACAGUGAACCAGAGCAAUUUGAAGCUGGCCAAUCAAGUCUGUACUCUUCUGAGAACACAUUCGGUCAGCAUGCCCGGAGAGGGGGCGGUCCAUGGGGUACAAACUUUCUGAAGGAUUCCAGGUCCAAUCAGACAGCCAAAGAAGUUCCGUCGAAUAGGGGAAUGGAUGCUGCUAGCUCGCUUGAUGACAUGGAUGGUAGUGGAGAGGAUGAUGAGCUGAACAGAGCAAAUGGGGAUGUGCCUGCUGAGGAAAUGCUCUCUGAUGACUAUUACGAGCAGGAUGGAGAGGAGCAGAUUGAAUCGUUGCAUCGUGGUGGGACGAAGCAGUCAAGCUGCUCCACUUCUGGUGCAGCAACAAAGUCUGCUUCGCGACAAAAGAAGACGAAGACAAAGUACAAUGCUUAUGCUGACGAUGAUGACGAUGAGUAUAAUGAUGAGAAUGACGACGACGAUGAUGCGGAUGAAGAUGAUCCUGAUGACGUGGAUUUUGAGCCAGACAGUGAAACGGACAAGGCUGUUGAUAAGGAUAAGUUUAUGGAUAGUGAGAAUUCUGAUGGUGACGAUGAUGAUGAGCUUGAGCUGUCAGAUGAUGAGGAUGAUGAUUUUGCUGAGAACCGGAGGCAACCUAAACGGCUCAAGGUUGUAGCAACUAAAACUCCCAAGGGAAGAAAGUUGCCCAUGCAGGCUCAACGAAGACGUGGGAUGUCUCACACUGAUGACGAAUAUUCCUCAGGAAAAGAGUCAGAUGUUCCCAGCGAUGCUGAUUUCAAUCACAGAUCAAAAAAACCUGACAGAUUGCAUCAGAAACCUGUGGGCCGCAAUGAUGUUGCCCCGAUCAAUUCUCAUAAUGAGCUUCGAACUUCUGGAAGGAGGACAGUGAAGAAGAUCUCAUACGCUGAAAGUGAAGAAAGUGAUGAUAGUGAGAAGUCAACUAAACAACAAAAGCUCAAGGAGGAACCGGAAGAGGAAGACGGAGAAACAAUCGAAAGAGUUCUUUGGCAUCAACCCAAGGGUGUCGCGGAAGAGGCAAUGAGGAACGACCAAUCGGCUCAACCUACUGUUGUCAGCCUACCAUCAGACUUUAAUCAACAGUGGGAUGAACUAGAGUUCUACAUAAAAUGGAAAGGGCAGUCUUACCUGCAUUGUCAAUGGAAGACAUUAUCAGAGCUCCAAAGUGUUAGUGGAUUUAAGAAGGUAUUAAAUUACACAAAAAGAGUUGCUGAGGAACAGAGGUACAAGAGGGCACUAUCACGUGAGGAGGUUGAGGUGCAUGAUGUGGGCAAGGAGAUGGAGCUGGAUCUUAUUAAGCAAUACAGUCAGGUUGAACGGAUAUUUGCUGAUAGGGUCAGUAAAGCUGAUGGAGAUGAUCUGGUUCCGGAAUAUUUAGUCAAAUGGCAAGGACUUCCAUAUGCAGAAUCUACCUGGGAAAAAGAUACUGAUAUUGAAUUUGCUCAAGAUGCAAUUGAUGAAUAUAAGGCCCGUGAAGCUGCCACAGCUAUACUUGGGAAAACUGUUGAUUUCCAAAGGAAGAAAAGCAAAGCUAGUUUGAGGAGGCUUGAUGACCAACCAGAAUGGCUAAAAGGUGGUAAACUUCGUGAUUAUCAGCUUGAAGGGCUAAACUUUCUCGUCAAUGGGUGGAGAAACGACACUAAUGUUAUACUUGCUGAUGAAAUGGGUCUGGGAAAAACUAUCCAAUCCGUUUCCAUGCUUGGCUUCCUUCAUAAUGCUCAAGAGAUCAAUGGACCGUUUCUUGUAGUUGUGCCACUGUCAACAUUGUCGAAUUGGGCAAAGGAAUUUCGGAAGUGGCUGCCUAACAUGAACGUCGUGAUUUAUGUUGGAAACCGUGCCAGCAGAGAGAUGUGCCAGCAGUAUGAAUUUUUUUCAGACAAGAAGGGUGGACGACAUGUAAAAUUCCACACGUUGAUAACUACAUAUGAGGUGAUUCUUAAGGACAAAGCUGUUCUUUCCAAGAUCAAAUGGAACUAUCUUAUGGUUGAUGAAGCCCACCGGUUGAAAAAUUGUGAAGCAUCACUGUAUACGACCCUUUUGGAAUUCAGCACUAAGAAUAAGCUGCUUAUCACGGGAACACCUUUGCAGAACAGUGUCGAAGAGCUUUGGGCAUUACUUCAUUUCCUUGAUCCAGUCAAAUUCAACAGCAAGGAUAGUUUUGUUGAGAAAUACAAAAAUUUGAGUUCCUUCAAUGAAACUGAGCUGGCGAAUCUGCACAAGGAAUUGAGGCCUCACAUUCUAAGACGAGUUAUAAAAGAUGUUGAGAAGUCUUUACCUCCUAAAAUUGAGAGGAUUCUACGUGUCGAGAUGUCACCCCUUCAGAAACAGUACUACAAGUGGAUUUUGGAGCGGAAUUUUCAGAAUCUGAAUAAAGGAGUCCGGGGCAAUCAGGUCUCACUUUUGAACAUUGUUGUUGAAUUGAAGAAAUGCUGCAACCAUCCAUUCUUGUUCGAAAGUGCUGAUCAUGGUUAUGGUGGAGAUAGCAUUGGCGAUCGAAAUAAAGUUGAACGCAUUGUGAUGAGUAGCGGGAAACUUGUUUUGUUGGACAAAUUAUUGGUGAGACUGCGGGAGACUAACCAUCGUGUGCUUAUAUUCUCACAGAUGGUUAAGAUGUUGGACAUCCUUGCGGAAUACCUCUCUCUCCGGGGAUUCCAGUUUCAGAGGCUUGAUGGUAGUACAAGAGCAGACCUUCGUCACCAAGCCAUGGAACAUUUCAAUGCUCCUGGAAGUGAUGACUUCUGUUUUCUUUUAUCCACACGUGCCGGAGGACUUGGUAUUAAUCUUGCAACUGCAGAUACAGUGAUAAUUUUUGAUUCAGAUUGGAAUCCUCAAAAUGAUUUGCAGGCAAUGAGUAGGGCACAUAGGAUUGGCCAACAAGAGACUGUUAACAUCUACCGUUUCGUUACGUGCAAAAGCGUGGAAGAGGAUAUAUUGGAACGCGCAAAGAAAAAGAUGGUUCUCGAUCACUUGGUUAUUCAGAAACUAAAUGCUGAAGGCAGGCUUGAGAAGAAAGAAUCCAAAAAGGGUGGCUCCAUGUUCGACAAGAAUGAACUUUCAGCUAUAUUGAGGUUUGGGGCAGAGGAGUUGUUCAAAGAAGACAAGACUGAUGAAGAGACCAAGAGGAACCUUGAAAGUUUGGACAUUGAUGAAAUUCUUGAGAGAGCUGAGAAAGUCGAAACAAAGGGUGGUGAAGGGGAGGAAGGAAAUGAGCUUCUUAGCGCUUUCAAGGUUGCUAACUUUUCCAGUGGCGAAGAUGAUGCCACAUUCUGGAGUAGACUAAUACAGCCAGAUCCUGCAGAUAUGGUUCAGGAAACUUUGGCACCGCGUGCUGCACGAAGUAAAAAGAGCUAUGUUGAAGAUCCUCAACUCGACAAAAAUAAUAAUAACAGGAAAAGGCGGGCAGUUGAGGCACAAGAAAAGCCUAGGAGGCGUUCUAGCAGAACAGUGGAAACAGCUGUUUCGUUACCAUUGGUUGAUGGAGCCGUAGCUCAAGUGCGAGAGUGGUCUUUUGGCAAUAUUCCAAAGAAGGACGCUUCCCGUUUUGUACGAGCGGUAAAAAAAUUUGGGAAUGCAACCCAGAUUGACUUAAUUGUGGAUGAUGUUGGUGGUGUAUUAGCGAAGGCACCACAUGAAGCACAAAUAGAGCUGUUUGAUUUGCUGAUUGAUGGUUGUCAGGAGGCAGUUAAAGAGAAUACAGAUAUCAAGGGCACAGUUUUGGAUUUUUUCGGUGUAGCUGUGAAGCCCUACGAAUUGCUGGCUCGUGUUGAAGAGCUUCAGUUCUUGGCAAAGCGAAUUGCACGUUACAAAGAUCCAAUCAAGCAAUAUCGGAUCCAGUUACCAUACAAAAAGCCUCAGUGGUCAGCAAGCUGUGGAUGGACUGAAACUGAUGAUGCUAGAUUGAUGGUUGGAAUUCAUUGGUAUGGCUACGGUAAUUGGGAGAAAAUACGGUUGGAUCCAAAGCUUGGCCUGGCAACAAAAAUUGCACCAGCAACACUUGGUGAAAGAGAGACAUUUUUACCACGCGCUCCAAACUUGGAUAAUCGUGCUAGUGCCCUCCUGCAAAAGGAAUAUGCCAAGUUUAGUGGUAAGAGCUCAAAAGCCAAAGGAGGUACCCGCCAGACAGUCAAUAAUGACGGCAGUAGUGGAACUCGAUCAAUGAGAGGCCGGCAAAAGGAUGCACAAGAAAAGGACGAUAAUAAGUCGAACAAAGAUGACAUCCAGAAGCGCAAGAUAGUGGAAGCUGAAGCAAGAGAAGAAGGUGAAAUUUCUGAAUCAGAGGCGGAGACAAAGUAUCGUCUGGACAAGGAGGAAAAGUGGCUUGAAUGGUGCUCUGAAGUUUUAGAUGAGGAGCAGGAAACUUUGAAGCGCCUGGAUAGGCUACAGAAUACAAGCGUAAACCUCCCAAAGGAAAAGGUUCUUUCGAGAAUUCGCAAGUACCUCCAGAUAAUUGGGGACAAAAUUGGGGAGGUUGUCCGGCAACACAGCGAGUCUUACAGGCAAUCCCGUAAGUCUAGUCGCUCCUCCCGCAUGACCAUGAGGUUAUGGAAUUAUGUUGCAACCUUUUCAAAUAUGUCAGGGGAACAGUUGCAUGAUCUCUAUUUGAAACUUAGUCAAGACCUGGAAGGUGGAGUUGGCCCAUCCCAUGGUGGUAAUUUCGCAUCAAUUCCUCCCAGUAAGGGAGGUAACUCAAAUCAGCUUCAUCCUUCGAGAAACCAAAGGCCAACUAGGUCUCUCCAGUACACUUCUGAGUCUUUCCAUAACAGUGAGAACUCUGGAAGUUCUGAAGCCUGGAAGCGUCGGCGGAGAGCUGAUCCAGAUAACCAAUUUGACACUCAGCCUUUGUACCAACCUUCCCCAAUGAUGACAAAUGGAAAUAGGUUGCAGGAAUCUAGCAGUUCUGCUGGUAUUCUUGGCUGGGGUCCAGUUGAAAUGAGACGGUAUGGUAAUGAAAGGCCAAAACGGGGUGUUCAUCCUAGUCAUUUCCCUGCUGGGCAUGGCCCUUUGCUGUAGUUGAAGUAGUCCAUGGAAACAACCUUGUCCAUUAAGGCAUAACUGUUCCCAAGGAUUUCAACUUCCAUGUAGUUAGAAAUGGCGGGACUCCAUCGGAAUUGAAAUUCUUUUUGCACAACAAAAAGGAAUAAAGAGCCAAACCUGACUGGAUCACAGUUUUGAAUUCUGUGCCUCAAAAGUUAUGCCUGGACUCCAGAGGUGAUGCGCGGAACUGUUAACAGUGUACACAGAACAUCAUUCUGACACCAUCUCACCAAAACAAAUAUAUGGUGGCUUGUGAACUACCAAGAGGAAGAUUUAGAGAAAGUUUUGUCGGUUCAGUUUUGUGAUCUAAUAGAAAGUUGGUCAUUUAGAAAAGUUCAUCUCAACAAUGAUCUAUAGUUCAAUCUCGAUACAUGUAUUAUGUUUUACAUUGCAAUAUAAUGAAAUAUGGUUCAGCUCUCACCUCCCCCUUCUA